AUGGCCUGCAAAGGAGGGCGAAGCUACCUCAAAGACCUGCGAAGCCUCUACAUCAAUAUCGAGGAGUCAACCAAUAAGCAAGCGAGCAUAUCCUCCGUCUGCGGAGGCAAGCUUGAAAUCCUGCUCACUCCGAACGACGGUCCUUACGCGCAUGCGAUAUUCACUCUAGAGAUAGUCGCUUCUGACAACUAUCCCCGUGUUCGUCCUGAGAUCCGCUUCCUCACACCAAUUUUUCAUCCCAAUAUUAACACAGAUGGGGGCUAUAUUUGCCUUAGCCUGAUGGAUGACUGGAACAGUUGUUACAGUUUCCUCGACGUCAUCAAGGCGGUCCUCUUUCUCCUCGCCAAUCCAAAUUUUGACAGUGCCAAUAACUCAUUCGGCUCCUUAUCCCCAGAGUACAGAGACAGAUUUGAAGAGGUGUGCAGGCAAUUUCUUGCCGGAUUUCCCAUCAAGGGUGAGGUCUACCCGGCGAACGAAAAGUGGUGCGAGUGGGCACGUGCAAACAACUGCUUUCCGAUCCCACCUUCAGACGGCCCAACCGCAUCCCUGGAGAGACAGUUGGAGGCAAAAGUCGAGGCACAGCUUUCAGAUCCGGACCUGGCAUCUGACCGCAUGAGCUCUUCCACGCCUUCCACCUAUGUCCCUUCCGUGGCCAAUGUCCGGUACUCAGUCGGUACCGACUCCGAUCAGUUCGGCUCCGUCUACUCAGUUUCCGGCCAUAAGUACCUGCAAACCUUCCGCAUCCUUCUGUACCAACAGGAAAACCGCGGCCCCCAAAUUUUCUAUUUUAGUGAUUACCUGGGUUGUCCGUCGUGCCAGCAGAGCAAAGAACCAGUUUAUUUUUGCAAUCAGACUGACCUAGAAACCCCUGGGACUCCCAAUUACCAUGAAUCCACCUCCCAAAGCAGCACGUUCCUCGAUUGGCUCUCCUAUCGCCGUGUGUUUUAUUCGGGUGAGCCAUAUUCAUGGUACAGUAGCUCGCCAUCUGUCAGCCAGAUAGCUACCCUAUUCCGUGAAAAGGAAGUUGUCACUAAUGCAUAUGAACUGUUCCCUGACUGUGGCUACUAUGUGCUGUGCGCCCUGUUCGCUGAACCGCGCUCGAAGCCGAAACAAAUGGAGGACGACCCAUUAGAUGGAUCAGUGACUUUGGAGGACUUUUUUGAUCUGAGAUGUGAAAUUGAUUGUGCACGUCCAAUCGAUGGCCAUCAGCCAGUGGUUGCCAGUAAUGAAUCAUUCAGCCCCUGCUACGACUGCCGUUGGUACUACAAUCAAACGGUUAGCGCUAUGCAGGAGCUCACACCAAGCGAGUGGAUCUUCCUCCAAACGAGGUGGCCACCGGUCCUAGCGCCGCGGCAAGUUAUCGACUUGGAGUUGAACUGCCCAGCUCGAAUUCCUUGCUGGAGGGGUUCAACACCGAGACUCGUUAAGGAUGUUGCAAUUUUCUGUCGCCAACAUCUCAAGUUAGAUUUUUUGCUUCUGCUGGAUCCACUAGCCCUCUCGCCCUGGUCACCCGUGCUUAAUGCGCUCUGUCCCCUCACAGUCGACCCCUCUUCCCCUUCGCCCCACCAUCCUUCCGCUGCCACGACCUGUAAGGAACGCUGGACCAGUCUAUUCUGGCUCACUGCGGCAGAUACCUCCCGCAGUAGCCUUACCUGGCCGCAGCACAUCAUUGGAUCCCAAGGCAGCCGCUGGGAACACACAGUUGCCCGCUUAGCCCUGCUCUCCAACUGGCUGGCCUGGUUCUCGCGUGUGGAGAUUGCCGUGGUGUUGGGACAGUCGAGGCAGUCGGGUCGUAUUGUGUGCGAGGGCGUGGCUACUGCCUGUCUUCAUCCGGCCAGUUUGGGCUGUGGUCAGGCGCCCCUUUUGGAUCUUUGGCCCCUAUGGCUUGUUCGUCUCAUGCUUCGGUCGUCAUGUGGCCUUUUUGCCCGACUCUGUACCCCUGCCGACACCACAACACGGUGCUACUUCCCACUCUCGGACACGGACGAGAUUUGA